AUGUUUAUCCGUUCACUUUCAAAAGAAUUUGUUGAUGCUUUAAAGCUUCCAUUUAUUAUUCAUUAUUCACCAUUUUCCCAUUGUAAUAAUUCUCUUUUAUCAAUUAAUUCAUCUCUAAAAUAUAUUCGAUAUUCAAGUAAUUCUUCAUCAUCAAAUGAAAAUUAUUUAGGCCCUGAUUAUUUUGAAGGACUUUAUUUUGAUGGAGAAAUCCCUAAAAGUAUAUUUAUUUAUUUGUUUAAUUUAUUUCCUUUUAAAGACAAAAUUUUAAAGAAAUGGACAAGAUCUAGCGGUCCUGGAGGGGCUAAUGUAAAUGCAAAUUCAACAAAAGCUGAAAUUAGAUUUUCCCUUUCGGAAGCCGAUUGGAUACCCAAAAAAGUCCGAGAACGUUUACAACAAAAAUAUUCGGGAAAUAUAAAUAAUAAUAAAGAAUUCUUUCUUACUUCAAUGCGGACAAGAUCUUCGGUUAUUUUUAAAUACUUAAAAUAA